AUGGCCUCCGACCGCCAUCGCUCUUUUUUCUCGAAUUCAGCGUCGGAUAUCGGCUCACGUUCGAGGGCGACGUCGAAAAAUGCCGCUCGGUCUAGUCUUCCGUGCGUGUCUACGGGUGCCGUUUCCGCUGGCCACUGUUGCAUGUCCUACGUUCUCCUCGAGGAAUUCUUGCGACACCCCGCGCGUGAAGAGCAUUUAUGCGAUUUUCGUACAAACGCGCUGUGUUACGCCAGUCACAGAGACAAGCGAGUCCUUCCGUCACCAAAACAGAAGUUCAUGAUCCAAAAGAAAAUACUGAAGACGAACCAGUUGACCAUUGCGCUGCUGCAUCCUGUCGUACCACGUGAAAGCCAGCAGCUGCAUGCUAAUAUGUUUGUUUGUUCGACCGCUCGGCGGAGUGCAACCCAUCUCGCUUCUGAUGACCACUUCUUAACAGGGCAAGGAACAGCCAUCCCAUAUGCGACAUCAUGA